GGCAAAAAAAUGUAAACUAUAUCAGUCAGGUCUUCAUAAUUCAUCUGUUACAGCAAUAUCUGCCGAAAUUUGGAAAGGACUUCAAAACUUAAAAGGAGAUCAUUUAUAUAAAAUCUGGUGUGUUUUAAGGGAUUUAAAAUGCUAUUCAAGUUCCAUUGUGAAUCUUAGAGACUUGAUCUCCAUUAUGAGUUUACACUAAAAGUGUUACAUAUUGCUUAUUCUGAACUAUAAUUCACGAUACGCCUACUUUUGACAAAUAGUGUUUAUUUUCUUUGCAACCAUGAGUCUUUUUGGUUUUGGACAAAGUGCAGACAUUGAUAUUAUCCUCGAUGGAGCAGAUUCUCGAAAAAUGGCAGAUAUCAAGACGGAGGAAGGGAAGAAAGAAAGGCAUUAUGUUUAUUAUGAUGGGGAAUCUGUAUCUGGCAAAGUGAAUGUCACAUUGAAGAAACCUGGUACCAAAUUGGAGCAUCAGGGAAUCAAAGUUGAAUUUCUGGGUCAAAUUGAGCUUUAUUAUGAUAAAGGAAACCACCAUGAAUUCACUUCUUUAGUGAAGGAUUUGGCCAGACCUGGAGAACUUUGCCAGAAUAUUACGUAUGCCUUUGAAUUUGUCAAUGUGGAAAAGCCUUAUGAGUCAUAUACAGGAGCAAAUGUGAGAUUAAGGUAUUUUCUUCGUGUGACAAUAGUUCGAAGACUUUCUGACAUUGUUAAAGAAAUGGAAAUUAUAGUUCACAGUUUAUCUUCCUAUCCAGAGAUCAAUUCGCCUAUCAAAAUGGAAGUAGGGAUUGAAGAUUGUCUUCAUAUUGAAUUUGAAUAUAACAAAUCAAAAUACCAUCUAAAAGAUGUGAUUGUGGGGAAAAUAUACUUCCUUCUUGUGCGAAUAAAGAUCAGACACAUGGAAAUUGGAAUUAUAAAACGGGAAACUACUGGUUCUGGUCCAAAUUCUUAUAGUGACAAUGAAACUGUUGCCAAAUAUGAAAUAAUGGAUGGUGCCCCUGUACGAGGAGAAAGCAUUCCAAUUCGUGUAUUUCUAGCUGGUUAUGAUUUAACCCCGACAAUGAAGGAUAUUAACAAGAAAUUUUCUGUGAGGUAUUAUUUGAAUUUGGUUCUAGUCGAUGAGGAGGAUCGAAGAUAUUUCAAACAGCAAGAAAUUGUUUUGUGGCGUAAAGGUGAGCUGACUAGAAAAACAAUUCAACAAUCAGCUCCUGUUGAAAGCAAGUAAAAAUAUUUGAAUAUGAAUCCUAUUGUUGUGAAUGAAUUCUGCAUUGUUCUAUAAUGAAUUCUAUGGACCAAUAGGUACUGAAUGGCAUAGAAUAUUCAAUUUUCUCUAACGUCCAACAUAGGAUGCCUAUGGACUUUUCAGAAAAUUGGAGCAAAGUUUAUUAAAUCAUUCCAUUUUGGUAAACAAAUGGACAUUGUAUGUAUGCCAAUGUAAUAUUUAUCUUAAUAUAUGAUUAAUUUGUUUGUUAUACAUACCUCUUCACACCCUGAAAUUUCUAAUAUUCAGAAGAACAGUUGUACAUGAACCAAUCAUUGAUAAAUUUUGUAAUUUGUUUUAUUAUUUUGGAUAUGUGAAAAGAGAACAAUCAAAGAUGUAUUAUGGAGAUAUGGUCUUUAAAAUGUCAUUUAAGUAGUUGGUAAUAAAUGUUUUGUGUGUAACAUUGAUAUCUUUUUAAAUAUUAUGCACUGUUGUAAUAUGCUAGUCUUCACAAAGCAUCUACAUUUUUUUCAUCAUUUUUUUUUGACUUAAUUGUUUUGUGUACUUCUCAUUUCAGAGUUAUUUUAAAUAAAUUGAAUAUGUUUCAUAAUUUAAAAUAUUUUGUUAAUUCUUUGUUUUUCAAAAUUUUAUAAUUGUUUGAUUGGUAAGUUUAAUUUAUUGCUAACAGAAAAAAAUAAAACAUUUUAAAUUUUCUGCUCUAGAGUAUUUCUAAUAUACAUCAUCUGUAUCUUAAAGAAUGAAUAUUAUUUACAUAAGCAGGAAAGUGCUUUACAGGUGGAGUUUUUCUGCUUAUUUAUGACUUCAGUGGAAGUGUUUCAAACUUAUAACAGGAUAUUUUUUACUUUGGAAUUUGAUAUUGCUAUAUCUGCUCUACAUUACAAUUGCUCAAAAAAAAGAGAAACUUUUCAUAUUUACCAGCAUUGUCAUUAAAUUUAUUUAUUCAUUGAAUUCUUAUUAGUAAAUAAUUUUAUAGGAAUUUCUAAAUUUUUCUUUUAAUUCAAAAUUUCCAUUUUUCUUCCCUUCUUUCUUUUAAACUUCAUAAUGACUUUUUACAGGUGUUUGUUCAGUUUCCUUAUUUUUUUAAAAAAAUAAAAUAACUCUGUAGAUCUUGUUCAAAAUUACAUCAUUUACAUAUUUUGGAAAGGGGCAAAUCUUUGUUUCAAUGUCAUAUGCUUUGAUUAGGAUGAAGCUUUAUUGGAAAUUAGUUUCAUAAUAAAAGUUUGAGAAAUGACAAUGGAGAUUAACUGUUUGGUAAUAUUUUUUAAUAGAUUUUUAUUGCAGUUAUUCAUGAUUUGUUGCUUUUUAAACAAUGCAUAUCCACUGAAAAUUUAUUAAAUUGUAUUAUUAUUUUGUGAAAACCAUGUAGUUUCAUACAAUUGUAAAGGGGGGGGGGGUGUCUGAAAUACAAAUUUUUAUAUUAUAGGUUUCAAUAAUUUCUUUCUGUUGAAAUAUGUUAAGUUAGCUAGUUUCUUGUUAUUGAAUUAUAAAGCAUGCAUAGCUGUUUAAUGUAAUAUAUAAAAGAGGACAGUUAUUUUUAUGAAUGAGAUAUUGUGAUUGCCUUUAUGUAGAUUAAUGGAGUAUAUUGUUUUUGUACUAUAUUGAGUAACUUUUAAGCGUGAUUUGAAAAAUUUGUAGAAACUAUUUUAAACAGAAUUUGAAAUAGUGCAUAUACACACACAAAAUAAAUAAAAUUAUUAUUUAAUAAGUA